CUUCAAAGUAAAGAAGCAGUCUGGAAAUUCUAGUUGCGAUGAAUUAAUGAGGAGAGAGCAAGCGUGCGAGUUUAUAUAUUAUCUAGAACAUUAGUAAGUCGUACGAGAAGCUCAGUCAAGAAAACUUGACAUCUUUAGCAUAAUUUACAAAUACUUGAGCAUAAGUCAAACUGAAGGAGGAGCUGAGACUUAGGACUUUGCCCCAGAAAAACCACAAUGGAUUAAAGGGAAAGUGAAUACCAUAUCUCGUGAGGUGAAGUGCCACCAACGUCACGCAAUGAUGCCAUCAUUUCUAACUGUCCCCGGUACUAAUGGCGAUGGUCAACGCGGAUCUAUCUCGUUGGGUUCUUCUCGUGGUUUAUCAGCGUGUUCCAAGACUUCCCAGACGUCGGGCUCUACUCUUCAGCUCCGUACUGUAGUGAGGAUGUUGGCCCCUGUUAUCUGGUCGAACUUGGAAGCGAAAAGAAAGCGAGAGAAUCCGAACUAUAAGGGUCAGUCGUUAGCCAGUCCAAGCACGAUGACCGUUGCUACUGACGACAGCAAUGGUAAACUGGUGGAGCCAAUUCGUCUUGAAGAACAGCUUGAUAUUCACAGUCUUGAGGAACUGAUGUACAGGUUCAAGACUCACAUGUCGGACAAGGCAGCGCUCAGGAAAUGGAAUGCGCGCAGGGGAGCUCCUCUCUCCACCCACGUGAGUGGCUUGAUGACGAUGGAAGAGUUUCGAAGUACCUUGUCUGAUCUGGUGAACGUGGAAAGCUGGGACACAGAUCGAGCUGCUGUGUUUGAAAACGAAAUGGAAACGUUGUUUACUAAGGUUGAUAUUGCAUCAGACGGCCUGGUAGACUGGGACGAGUUCUGUACGUACAUGAUGAUUCAGUUCAAAGAACACGACGUGACUACCAAAUAUGGAAAAGGAUCGUUCAACCCUAAAAUGAACAUCGCUAGGAUAGCACACAACAAGGAGACGACGAUUAGGACACUCAAGGACUUUAACCCCAUGAGAUAUGUGACUGUUAGUAAGGAAGGAAUCAUCGGCGUUUGGAGUACAGAGCUAGAACUUCAGCGGAUUAUCGAGAUGGAAGGACGCAGCCCACAGGACAAGGCCAGUAACAAGAGACACAUUAAGAUGUGGGUGACUGAUGCUGUCACUAUGAACAACGUACAUAAACUAGUCGUUGCUACUACUAACAUGGACUUGCACUUCUACGACAUGUCAACCCCUAUUUAUACACCUCAAUAUCAUCUCUGUGCAUUGGGUAACGUACCCCUGUGUAUGAACUACUUCUACGACAAGAAGGAUAUUUCAUUGCACGCACGGUUUGUGACCCACCUCACCCUGGGGACCAUCCACAGUGACUGGGUUCGUCGUGUUCAAUACGUACCCGCCAAGGAGUUCAUCAUCUCGUGUAGCGGAAGCGCGCGAGACUCGUUGGUCGUUAGAGACGUUGAUGACAAGAAAAGGAAAACUUAUGUAUUCAAAGUAGCAAAGGGUAUCGAUUGUUUUGAUUAUAACCACACCCUCAAUGUCAUCGUGACGGGCGGGGUCGAUCACGCGGUACGUGUGUGGAACCCUUACGUCACAGUUAAGCCAAUCGCCAUCAUGAAGGGACAUCAAUCGUCUAUCGUGGACCUGAUUAUACACGAGACACUGGAACAGGUUUUCAGCUACGACAAGGAAGGGAUCCUCAAAUGCUGGGAAAUCAAAGAACAAACUUGUAUUCAAAGUCUUGCUAUUCGGGAUCCCUUUGGUCACCGUGUUCCUGAACACGGCCCGUUUCCUUUCUGUCUGAUUGGUAGUCCCAUUAACUCGCUACUCAUCACUAGUAAUGAUAGUCUGAUCGAGGUCAAACUGCUAGGACUGGGGACGACUAAAGCUAUCAAGACAAGUCACGCAAAACCGCUGUGUGCUGCUGUAUAUAACGAGAAAAUAAACCAGGUGAUCACAGGCUGCGAGGGAUCUGUCAUUUGUUUCUGGGAUAUCUCUACUGGUCGUAAAGUACUCCAGAUACUCGAGGCUCAUGGGAACGAAGAGAUCUCGUGUAUGCACCUGGAUAAGGAAGGCAGUAGAUUGAUGACAGGAGCUAGAGAUGGGUCUAUUAAUGUAUGGAAUGCAAAUAACGGUCAUCUAAUGAACAAACUAGCUGCUUUAGAGGAAGCAGAAGUAACUGGAAUAACCUCCUUUCAUGCAAAGAGCAAGAUUCUUACUGUAGGAUGGCAUAGGAAGAUAAUAACCUACCAUGAUGAUAAGGAGACAUUUGUUAUCAGGCCUAACGCAUGCUGGAAAGGAGGCCAGGUUCAUCAGGAUGACAUUUUAGCUAGUGCUUAUUGCCCUCCAAACUUCCUGGCCACGUCCAGUUUUGACGGAGACAUUAUUCUUUGGUGCCUGGACCGAGAAAAGAUGAUCAGAAUACUGAAAAAGGGAUCCAGGAGUCUAUUUAAAUCAAAGAUGAAGAAAGUUGGGCUGAUAGGACGUGAGAGAAAACAUAGCCGAGCUCAAGUGCAAGCCAAGAGUAGUGCUUUCUCAGCGGUUGACCGACUUAUGUUCUUAACGGCAAGAGCACAAAGCAAAGCACAAGAAAGUGCAACCCUCAUCUCCUCAGAAAAUGGAAACCUGGAGUUUUGGUGUCUCUAUGGCACUGCAAAACCAAUGGGUACAUUUUGUGCGGCGAUAGGAGAGAAUGGCUCUAUAUUGGCCCUAGCAACAGACAGUAGUAAUAACAUCCUUCUAACAGGUGAUUCCAAUGGUUACAUAUCGAUAUGGGACAUAAGUAAUUACUGUAUCUCUCGAGCAGAAUCUAUCAUUGCACAGGUCUGGUCUACCACUCAGCGCAUGUCUAGUAUGGACGACAUUGCCGAGGCCCCUCCCCCUAGGAUGAUUUCAUGGCAAGCGCACUCGGGAGCUGUGGUCAGUCUUGAGGUGGUAUCACGUGAUGGUAGGACGUUUGUUAUCUCUGCUUCGAGCGAUUGUACAGCAAGAUUAUGGACUUUGAAAGGAGACUUCGUUGGCAUGUUUGGCCAGAAAAAGAUGUGGGAUACUGAUGAUGAAUCGACGUACAAGUAUGUUGGGACAUGGAACGAAGAGAGUAUGGCGGACAGUGAAAGAAGUACAGUUUGUGGAUCUAUAUCUCCAGAACGAGGUGGUCGUGAUGACGUUAGUGCUCCCGCCAUGGUUACACCUGAUGAUAGUGACCGAAUGGACACAAGUCCCAACAGACCUGAAAGUUCUCCAUCAGAGCCACAAAACAGCUUCUUACCCCAGAUAAGCCCCGACAACCAACCAACAGAUCAAAAUAAAGACGAUUCCCUAUUGAAGAAAACAAGCGAAUUCCAGCGAUCGAUGACCAGUUAUGUACUCGACAGACGAAAACCUGAAACCUGGUCAAUUCUAGGUCAUAAGUACAAUGACGAGUUUCGACAACGGAUGCAAACACGUCAAUCAAGAAGGAAUUUCAUGGGAUAUGUAGAUCAGAGGUUGACGUCGUGUGCUGGUCUUGCUAACAAAUGCUCUCCCUUCCAAGCACUUCAGAUACCGGCCACGCAAGAAUAUAAAUUACCAAAUGACCUUCCUGUUACAAAGCGCAUGCUCCACAAGGCUGCAAAAGCAAACGCUGACCCGUUCCUUGGAGGUGUGAAUCAAAAUUCCUUACCAGUUCUUCCGGCAAUUAAGGGAUCUGAAACCUUUUUGGCCUUAAACAUGCUGCCAAAGGACCAACCAUCGCAGAUGCAAGGCUCAGAGAAUGCUUCACAAUUUUCGUACCAUGUAGAAUAAAAGGUGAUUAACAUCCUCGUGCCCAGUCCCUUUUCAGCUUUCUAACGAAUAAAUCGAAUUUUGGAUUUCGAUUUUUCGUUAGAAAGUUUUAAAAGCAGGAUUAAGGGAGAGGUUUUACAUCAUUUCGUUAGGGCAGCCAUGUUAGAUGGCAGGAACAAUACGAUCGAUUUAAAUAAAAAGAAUUUAAUUCCCAUAAGGGAAUUACCACAGGCAACCCAAGCUGUAUUAUAUACGUGGGUACGUGAUGGUGCAAAACCUCUAUUGAAAAAUGAUAAAAAGUUUUCAUAUCUUAUGGAACAAGACGUUCGGUGCCAAACGACUACCUGCAACUAUGACCAAUCGUAGGAAGACGUUUCACAGGGGAAAAAUUGAAAAAUAUAUUUUUGUAACAGUAUAAGAUUACUAGAACUUUUCUAUGAUUGCAAAUGUUUAAAAAAGUUGAUGGUUAUCUAAGUCGCAUCGGUGUUUUGUAAAACUCUUAACUGUGAUUUACAGUCGGUCCAUUGCAAAAUAUGGAAAAAAUUCAGCAUCUUUAUCAAUAGUUUAAUUCAUUUAUUUAAUUCAGAAAAAAMCAGAUUUCCCAAUAUUUAUGGGGAAAAACAUUAUUGCAAAACAAACGUAAAAAAAUUAAA